AUGCAAACUUUGCGCCGUCUCGUUUACCUGGCUGUGAAAGAUCUUUCCGGCAUAGCUGAUGAUGUCAUUAUUGUCACCAGUAGUCUCACCAAGGAUAUGACCGGACGUGAAGAUGUAUACCGUGCGGCAGCUAUUCGAGCUCUGUGCAGAAUUACAGACACUGGAAUGCUGCAGACUAUCGAGCGCGCUAUCGUCCGCAAUGGCGCCCUGUAUCGUCCGCCCAGCACCUUGUAUCAUCGAAACAAUUUGAUGAAAGAAGAGCCCGCUGAGGUUGUCCGACGUUGGGCAAAUGAAGUACAAGAAGCGGUCUCCUCGGACAACCAAAUGGUGCAGUACCACGCCCUUGGCCUACUGUACCACAUCCGAAGCAAUGAUAGACUAGCUGUAAACAAAUUGGUGCAGAAGUUCAGCAAAACUGGGCUUAGGUCACCACAUGCAGUCUGUUAUCUUAUCCGUAUCGCGGCAAAACUUGUUGAGGAAGAUGAUCAAGCGGACUCCUCGAUUUUCUCCUUCAUCGAAGCCUGUCUACGUCACAAGAGCGAAAUGGUAGUGUACGAAGCAGCUAGUGCAAUCGUUGCCCUUCCCGAAUACCACACCGUCUCUAUGAAGCAUCCGAAUGCUGUGAUGAGUUGUAAUGUUGAUCUCGAAAAGCUAAUCACGGAUUCCAACAGAUCGAUUGCCACACUUGCUAUUACUACUCUACUGAAAACAGGUGCAGAGAGCAGCGUUGAACGACUGAUGAAGCAGAUCAGCUCAUUCGUGUCGGAAAUUAGUGAUGAAUUCAAGAUCGUAGUUGUCGAUGCAAUUCGCUCACUGUGUAGCCGUUAUCCGCGAAAACAUGCGGUGAUGAUGCCAUUUUUGGCUAACAUGCUAAGAAAUGAUGGUGGCUACGAAUACAAAAAAGCGAUCGUGGAAACGAUUAUUGCCAUCGUCGAGGAGAAUCCUGAUGCGAAAACAGCGGGUCUCGCUCAUCUUUGCGAGUUUAUCGAAGACUGUGAACACGAUAGCCUGGCUACACGUGUAUUGCAUUUGCUGGGCAGAGAGGCACCGAAAACACCAAAUCCGUCAAGCUACAUUCGAUUCAUCUAUAACCGCGUCAUUUUGGAAAGUACCAAGGUCCGUGCAGCAGCCGUAACAGCUCUCGCGAAAUUUGGUGCCCAAUGCGUUGAACUGCGCCCAUCAAUUCAGGUGCUGCUGAAAAGAUGUCUGCUUGACAGCGAUGAUGAGGUUCGUGAUCGUGCCACUUUCUACCUAGCUUUACUGGCUGAAUCUGCUGUACCGGUCAUCAACAGCUUUGUACUGGAUAGCCUUCAGGUACUCCCAUCAACAUUGGAGCGUUGCCUUUUCGAAUACGUUCGUGGAGAUUCCUUCAACACUCCAUUCGACCUUCGUGUAGUACCAGUGACAAGCCAGCCGCUUUCGCAGCCUGAGAAGCGUGCUCCUGUUCUUGCUGAUGUUCCAGUGGAGAAGCCAGUUGUUGUGAAGAAAGGAGCCCUAUGCAGCCUUGGUCCGCUUUUCCAUUCUUCACCUCGUGUUGCUCUCACUGACGACGUGACCGAGUAUACCGUCCAUGCUAUCAAACAUAUCUUCACCAACCAUGUUGUGAUUCAGCUUGACUGCAAGAAUACAUUGAACGAUCAGCUGCUCGAGAAUGUAUUUGUUGAUCUGGAAGACGGUGAAGGAGAAUGGUCUACAGAACAUGUGAUCCCGAUUGAGAGUCUACCGUAUAAUGAAACCAAGUCUACUUACGUGCUAAUGGAGUUCCCAGAAUCAGGUUCUGUUACUGGAAAUUUCGCUGCAACCCUGAGGUUCAACGUGAAGGAUGUUGAUCCGACAACAGGUGAAGCCGAAUCGGAUGAUACCUACGAGGAUAGCUAUGUGCUGGAAGAACUCGAACUGGCUGUAGGUGAUUUGGUAGCGCCGAUUAACAAGCCGAAUUUCAUGGCGUCAUGGGAGGCACUUGAAGGAGCAACAACUGUUGACGAAACUUUCCAUCUGACAACGGUUAAUACUUUAGCGGAGGCCAUUAAAAAGGUGUCAGAACUUCUCGGUAUGGCUCCAUGUGAACGUAGUGAUCGUGUGCCUGAAGGAAAAACUCAGCACUCCACAAUGCUGGCAGGAGUUUUCCGUGGAGGCUUCGAGGUACCAGUUUAUUUGAAUCUUUUGAUUUUUCAAGAGAGAAGUCGCUACUGCAAUUGA